CUCGUCGACUUUCCGUACGAGAAAACGAACCCUUAAAUGAAACGUUUAAGUGUGUUUUGUUUCUGAUAAACACAAAUGAAACCAACCAUAUAACGUUAAUGCAAAUGGAAAAGCAUCGCUCAAUAAGAAAAAGUGAAUCAGACAUCGUUUCCGACAUUACAGGGCAACCUUAUGGCGUAUCUGUAUUAAAAGAGGGCUACUGCACAGCUGAAGCAGACGGCACGUUUAGAGCUGACGGUACUAUUACUUUAAUAACCGGGCCGCAGACUAUUCUGGUAGACACUGGGGGUCCGUGGGACCGAGACUUUCUUGUGGCAAAACUCAAGGAGAAGGGACUGACACCAGACUCGGUGGCGGUAGUUGUGGGGACUCAUGGUCACUCUGACCACGUGGGGAACUUGGGGUUGUUUCAAGACGCCAAAAUAAUCGUGGGAUGUGACAUUAGCGUGGUCGAUCGAUACCUGCCGAAUCAAUUAGCUGAGGGACAACCAUAUCCUAUUGAUGAUCAUGUGUCAGUCAUCCCCACCCCUGGCCACACAGGCAGAGAUGUCAGUGUCAUGGUAAAGGGCACAUCUCAGGGUACGGUCCUGGUUGCUGGGGACUUGUUUGAACGUUGUCAUGAUGAAGAUUCCUGGAAGGAGCUGAGCGAGAAUCCUCGGAUACAAGAGGCCAACCGACAGACAGCGUUGGAGACAGCUGAUGUCAUCAUUCCUGGACAUGGGCCAUUGUUUAGGGUGCACAGAGAAUAAUGGUAUUAGUUAAGGAAAGCAAGAUCAAACAAAGCUGUGAUGAAACCUUGACCUAGAAAAAUGUAUGAUUUUAUUUCACUAGUGACGCAGAAACAUUACAGAACUUUGGUCUGCUUGUUGACGAAAUCUCUUCACCUUUCAAAUGUAUGUCCAAAAUGAUCAUGUUCCUUUUUAGAUUAAGGAAAGUUUGUCACAUGCUUAACUGUAAUAGGAAAUGUUAAGUGUUUUUCUACAUAACUUAAAAAACAUAAAUGAUGUCCCUUUAUUUAAUUUGUCACUUGAUUACGUUUUUUACACUUUAUAUACAUUUUGGGACUGCUUUUAAGGUAAGAACGUAAGUCAAUGCAUGUUCCUAGUGGCAUAAAUUUUGAUAUAUAUCUUUUGAUCAAAUAAGUCUAAAGAAGAAUAUAGUAAAUACUUCAGUUCAGUAAAAAAUAUCGCUGGUCUGUUGUGCUACAUUAUUAAAUGGGUCAGUUAAGAGACUAAUAUGGAAACAUGUCUUAUGGUUUGAUGGCAAAAUAAAACGUAACAAGAAAAAUCUUUCUUAAGCUAUUUUAUAAGAUACAAAUUAAUAUGAACAAUAUAAAACAAUCAAAUAAUAACAGUUUUGAUAUGUGUAGAACCCAUGUACGAUUUAUUCGUCAACAACCUACAGUAUAUAUAGUUAAAUAGUCAAAAAGCUUUAAGUAAAUAAAAAAAAUUGUAAUAGUGUGUGACCUAUUUUAUGUUGUUCCGCCCUUUCUGUGGAUGAUAGCAGUUGUUGUGCAAGUGUUAUAAAUAUUAGAGUAGUGUUGCAAAUGGGUAAUAAAAGCCAAUUUAUCUGCA